GUGUGGGAGCUGACAGCAGCCAAGGGAGCCUGUGCAGAAGGUGACUGCCCUAAACAGGAUUUACUAAUCAGGCAGGAGGAGGUGCAUCAGCACGUGGUGGGGACUGCGCUUCCUGAGAGGCCCCGCUGUGGUCAUGCCUCCCCUUGGUGGAAACCCAGGCUUUAUCAAGGGCUGGAGGGACCAACUGCAGCUCUCUCUGGGAACAAGCUGCCAUGGGACUGAGGUGCGGGAUGAGGACCACCAAGUGCCAGCUGCUGGUGACCAGCCUCUGUGUCAUGCUGCUGGGGCUAUCCAUUGCCACGCUGAGCACAGUUACCCACUAUGGGCUCCAUUUUACCCUCAUCAGCGAUAUCUCCCUGGAUGGCAACUCCUACAGGGUCAUCCACUACAGAGCUUUCUACUUUGGGAUCUGCCUCAGCAUGACCCUGAUCCUGGCAGCCCUGCUGAGCUCUGCCGCCACGGUGCGGGAAUCGCAGUGCCUCACCGCCAUGGGAUUUUUCUGUUUUGCUCUGGCCUUCUGCGGAUUGAUCCCAGCUGCCUGCUGGAGAUACACACACAGUACGGAGGUAGAAGACAGCAUGAUGGAUGUGUAUGAUUUUGUGUACGAGGAGGUGAGGAGGAACACCUCCAGCUUCAGGAGGCACGAGUUGACUGCCAUCCACAAAGCAUUCCUGUGCUGUGGGAAGCACUCUCCUUUUGGGGACACCAACAACGUUGAGCACCAGACAUGCCCACCCGGCCAGGCACACAAUGCAGGACAGGACUGCCUGCAAGAGAUCCAGGACUUUCUGAAGAAGCACAUGGACUUCGUCUUCUCGCUCCUGGGCAUCGCCAUUGGCUUCACGGUUUAUGGAAUGAUCCUAACUUCAUUCCUCUGGUUCUCCAUCCACUUCAGCAGCAAUCUGGACCGGAAAGGCAAAUACAUCCUGCGAGAGAGGUAGAAACCCGAUGCCUGGGCAUCCCUACCAGGUAGAGCCAGCUCUUAACACAGGAAAACAUCUGAAUUCACUCACAAAAUCCCCUGGGGAGGUAUUGCAGGGGUCAGAUGGUGGGACAUGUGUCACACGUUUCCCUUUCUUGCACUACUAGCUGUCCUGCAUUUCCAAGCUGGUCAGAGGGGACGAUGCUCUGAGGAGAAGUCUCACAUCUUUGCCUCAAACAAACAAGGCACCUGGGCUCGGAGAUGCAGAUUCCCUUACCGGGAGAUGUACGGGCCAUAGCUCCACAAGUAGGAUACGAAGAGACCCCCUAGGACAAAAAUGGAGGGAGAAGACCAGCAAAAAUCACAGUCAUCUGAGCAGUUUCUUGUGACCCCCAAAGAUGCAAUGUUUCUAGGAGGAUGGUUUUGGAUCGCAGCCCAGGAUCAAUCUUGUGCAAUCAGUAAACAAAUGGACACAAAGUGUGUCAUCACUGAUGGGAAAUGUGCUCUCCCAGACUGUUCACUCACAAGGGUUGACUUUGGACACAUUUCUGAUCACACUGGAGUACGUAGGUAUCCAAUGACCGUCAGCUGUUUUUCCUCUGUUUUCAAACAUUGCCAGAGAUCAGGAGAAAAAUCAGAAAGUAGUGGAUGAGCUUUGAAACAACUGACCAGCACAAGGACACAUUCCUCUGUUAUUCUUCCUUACUUAUCCAGUAUAACAUUGUUUUUUAAUUCUUAGGAUUUAGUCAACCUCCUCGAGCUUGAUUACACAGUGAGUUCACAGGGGCUUGUUCAACUUCCAGCCCCAGCUCUGUUUUAUUUGGCUUCACUAACCCACUGUGCUGCUGUGUGCCAAAGGACUUUGAUAUUACACAUACACACAGAACUUUAAAUCUAUAAGAGAACAGGACUGAUCUCCAGCCAGGUCAAAAGCUACAAAGUCCAACUGCACAUCCCCUUUGCACCACCUUAUCAAAAAUAAACAGAACUUUAAAAAGGCUGUCAGUCUAGCUGAAAAAAACGGCUCCCUGGCAUGCUUUGCCCUUGUGAGGAGGCAGAACUGCUUCUGAGCUGAAACCCAUCAUUGCAAUGGAUGUAGCACCUGCUGUAAGUUAUAUGGAUGCAUGAAAUGUCUGUUGAACCAAUAACACCUUUCACUCCUCUCUUAUGUAGUGGCUUUUAGCUGUGAAAAAUGAUAAGUAGCAAUUGUUUAUUGAGAUAAACAUGGAAACCCCCAUGCUGAUGUUCAGGACAAGUCCUGUCCCUCAGGCAGGGGCUGCUACACAGGCAAGAACAGCAGUACAGCCUACUGGCUUUUUAACAUGGCUGCAAAUGCCAUGUGUUAGAAAGAAUUGCAUUGUGAAGGGGUAAGGGAGGGCUGUCACUUCUCAUCCCACUCCCUUGGGACCAGUGGAGCUUCACCAUUGACUUCACUGGAAGCAGGAUCCAGUUCAAACUGCUCCAGUGUAGUACUCAAGCUACCUCCUGGCAGUCACCAACACACCUGAGUCUGGCAGGGAUUUAGGGGUGAUAUGCACUUGACAGCAUACUCACUGUCUAGUGGUGAGAAAAUAUUCACUUGUAUAUGUACUAUCAUGUAUCUUCAUCUCUGGAAGGAGACAAUCUCCCUUGUGAGCUCCAACUGCUACUGUCCACCCACUGCUACUGUUAUUCCUCAGGCCAGCUGGCAGCUCAUGUGACCCAUGGUUGCUUAAAUAAAGAUGAAUUUCUUGGGAAA